GGUCUGUAGCUUGCGAGUGGGCGACCGGCUGAGUGCUUGAGCUGUCGGUGUUUACUUAUCUUAGCCAGCUCCCGUCCUUGGAUUGCAAUCAUUAUCACAUACCUUUGCUGGCGUCGUGCAAGACUAUAUCACUCCUCUCGAUACACACCAUGACGAAGGCAACACCUAACACCAAUGGUGACAGCGGGCACUCUGCAGGCUGCUCGACCGACCUACUCCAUCUCCUCAACGCGUUCGAGAACACGUCCAUCGAUUCCGAAAUCGAGAGAUCUCAACUCAUCUCAGCUGCGACUACAUUCCUGGCUCGGCUGCAAUCCCCUUGGGAGACUAUUCGUCGACAUCUGGUUGACAGUCCGGCUGUACAGCUCUCUCUCAAAGUUUGCAUGGACCUUGAAUUGUUUCAGAAAUGGAAAGAUGCAGGCAACGGAGAUAAAACAGCUGCUGAGCUAGCUCAAUUGACCGGCUGCGAUGAAGAACUUCUACAGCGCUUUCUCAGGCAUCUUGCAGUCGAGCAUUUGCUUGCUGAGGUUGCCCCUGGGACAUAUGCACAGACAGAGUUCACGUUUGCAAUGUGCACUCCACACUUUGGUGCUUGGCCUCAAUACAUGCAUGAGACGGUUUUGGACACAUGGAAAGCCAUGCCCAAAGUCCUCGCUGAUAGAGGUUACAAGAACGAUUCUCUGACAGUAAUCGACGGCGCUUUCCAAGUGGCUACCCAUACAACCGGCCAGUCCAUCUUUGAUUACUUCGCCUCGCAUCCUGGUCAAGCUAAAACGUUCAAUAACGCCAUGACUGGCUAUGGUGCGGAAAGGUGUAGUUGGCUUGAUAUAUUCCCAUCUACCAACCUGCUAGAAAACGUGGUAGAAGGCCCUUUGUUAGUCGAUGUUGGUGGCAACAUCGGCCACGACGUCGAGAAGUUUCGCAAGAGACAUCCGGACAAGGCUUCGAGACUAGUCUUGCAAGACUUGCCAGCAGUAGUUGGUGAUGCCAUUUGUGGAGAUCAAGUCCAAGUCAUGCCACACAACUUCUUCGAGCCUCAGCCCGUCCGACAUGCUCGAGCCUACUACCUCCACAGUGUGCUUCACGACUGGCCUGAUGCCAAUGCAUUACAAAUUUUGGAAAACUUGAAGCCAGCAAUGAAGCACGGCUACAGUAAGCUCUUGCUCAACGAAAUUGUCGUUCUUGACAGGAUAUCUACAAGUUCACCUCAGGUGACAUCUUUCGAUUUGGCGAUGAUGGGCUUGUGCGCUGCUCAAGAGAGAACAGAAUUGAUGUGGAGAACCUUGCUUGGAAGAGCUGGAUUCAAGGUGAUCAAGAUUUGGACCAGCGAGGCCGCGGUUGAGAGCAUCAUCGAAGCUGAAAUUGUUUGAGAACUGAUUAAAUGCAUGAUAUACCAACCAAUAGCCGUUUUUCUUCCUGAACACGAUCUCCACGUGGCUUUCGAUUUCAGACUGGUCCAAGAAGCACACCGGCUACACAUGCUCCUUGACUUGGGAUGGAGUCUUCCCGCCUUGAACUUCCCCAGGAUUACUGAACUUCGGGAGAAAACUCGCUCUCGCGGAGUUGCCUCGCAGUGCCAUCGAGUCAAUGUUGGUUUGACUUCAGAUAGCGACCGUUCAGGAUAAUCAAGCAUGCAUAUGAAGCGUGGAGAGCACGCUGUUGCCGAUCUCGCACGGAAAA